AUGGUCGAGGAUUACUCGAGUUCAAGCAAUACAAGUUCGACAUUCUUAUCAGAUCGUCUUCUUCGCGAGUUGAAUUUGAUACUUAAGCAGCACGAUAAAGAUAUAUCCAUGUAUGAUCUACCGCCGAUUGUUGGCAUAUUGGGUGAGGACUUUGAGAUUUUGAGUCUGAUUCAAGAGGAGUUGUCGAUUCUUAUAUCUGACGAAGAACUGUCUUCUGUCCAAAAGUUGAAUGAAGACCAGUCUAGGGCCUACGAUACAAUCAUGGGAGAAAUUGAGAGAAAGGAAAGUAAAGUCUUCUUCAUAGAUGGUACGGGAGGUACUGGGAAGACAUAUCUUUAUCGUGCUAUUCUGGCGACUUUCAGGAAAAAUGGUGGUAUUGCUUUAGCAACAGCCACGUCGGGAAUUACUACUACUAUGCUACCUGGUGGGAGGACAUCACACUCAAGGUUUCAGCUUCCGACGACACCGACAUCAAUUUUAACGUGUCAUACGAAGAAGCAAACUGAUGAAGCUAAACUUUUGAGGCAUGCUACCGUCCUUAUGUGGGAUGAAGAUACAAUGGCGCAUCACUACUCUUUGGAAGCAUUUGAUCGGACGAUGAGAGAUAUCACUGGGAUUGCUGAACCAUUUUGUGGAAAUAUUCUAAUCAUGGGAGGUGAUUUCCGCCAGAGGAUAAUUCGAAAUGAUAUUGAGUUACAUUACACUCUUAACAAGUCACAUUUGUGGGAAAACGUACAUGUUUUGCAUCUGAAGAAGAAUAUGCGUGCAGCCAAGGAUGCAUCUUAUUCUGAGUUUUUGAUUCGUGUUGGUGACGAGGAUGAACCUUGCGUUGCUAAUGAGAUGAUAAAGGUUCCGGAAGAGAUGGUCACCAUGGAAAAUGCCAGAGAUAGAGACUACAUGGUCAAUAGGGCAUGGAUCACACCAUUGAACGAGUAUGUUGAGAAUCUUAAUGACCGAGUACUUAUCAUCUUUCCUGGAAAAGAGGUUAUAUUUUACUCAUUUGAUUCUAUGGACGAUGAUACUCAUGGUCUUUACCAACAAGAAUACUUGAACAACAUUGCUCCUAGGGGGAUUUCCAUCACACGGUGCGCCUAUUAUGUUGUUGCGUAA